AUGGCAGGAUCAGAUUCUAAACAUAAGUCGUCAUCAUUGGUCGACUUGACUCGCUUCUUGGAUAGUGGUAUUCUCACUCUCUUUACCAUUUUCCUAUCUUGCACCUUCCUCUUUAUGUUUGGAGAACUCCUCAAGCUCGUCGCUAAACUCGAGUUCCCAAAUGACCAAGUGUUCAAGAGGGCAUUGGGAAAGCUAUUCCCAUUCAGAAAAAGCUACGACUUUAAUCUCACUCACUCACUCUUGUUCUCACUCUGUAUCAUACUCUUGAGUCUCAGACGCUCCGGAUAA